AUGCCUCUACAUCUUCUAGGCAAGAAAUCAUGGAACGUCUACAACCCGGAUAAUAUCGCCCGUGUGAAACGCGACGAGGCCCAGGCACAAGCCCGCGAAGAAGAAGAUGAGCGACUCAUGCAAGAGGUUGAUGCUGAGCGACGAAUAAAGAUAUUACGUGGCGAGCGACCACCAACGCCUCCUCCCCCGCCCCAGUCGUCUGCUGAUACCUUUGCACGAUCUGAAAGAAAAUCGAGCGAUGAUGCGGGCCGCUAUCGGAAAAAACGGCGCCUGGCAGGGGAAGACGACACAGACAGAGAUAUUCGAUUUGCCCGGGAAGAUGCAGAACAAGCGCUUUCCAAAAGAGACGAGCUUUCUCGUUCAUCUCAACGAGAGGGCGGGAACCAGCAGGUGCCUCUUUGGGAUAACAGCGGUCAUAUAAACCUCUUCCCGGAGGGCUCCAAGAAAGCUGAGAAGAAUUCCGAGGCUGAAGCUGAGAAAAAGAAGAAGGAACGAAGUUACGAAGACCAAUAUACAAUGCGAUUUUCAAAUGCCGAAGGUUUCAAGGAGCAGGCAGGUCGUCAACCGUGGUAUUCAUCUGGUGCACAGGUUGUCACAGCACCUGAUGCGAUGCCAGAUAAGAAUGUCUGGGGGGGAUGA